UCACCCCACACCUCCGCCCGGCUCCCGCCUCCCUCCCGCCACUCGCCGGUGUCUGUUCGAGGCGCAGCCAGUUUCUAUAGCGACGGCGCUGAGCCGAGGCUCUUCCGAGUAGUAACAAAGCCCGGCCGCCCGCUGCCGCGCUGGGGCUGCGGGGGGACGCGGAUCCCUCUCCCGAGGACACCGCGACAGGACAAAGAGAGAACAGAGAGCAUACCAUCGAUGAUUCAUCUGUUUUUGUUAUCAGUCAUUCAGACCUUUUGGUGAUGGAUGGAUGAAUAGAUUGAGCCUAAAACUAUAAGCCAGCUUGGCAGCUGGCAGUUCUUGCCCAUGUGGAGAAGAAUAGGCUUUUCUUGUGUGCUCUCAAGUGAACCUUAGGAAGAAGUUGUUUUUCUUGGAAAAAACUUAAUUAUCUUCAGUACUGUGGCCCCUCUGCUGAUCUGUUUGAAAUUGGUCAGCGGGUUCACAAGUUACCAGGAAAGACCAAAAGCUCCAGGAGUCGGGUCUCAUUUCCUUAGGAAACCAGAAUUUAAACAAACCGUCACAGAUGGGUGCCUGGCUCAGAGUAAAGGACAUGCAGUGCACAAUCUCUAGCAGAAGUUGAAAAUGGAUGAUGCCUACUGAUGCUUUUCGAUGAUGUCAUCUCCUUUUUUCCUGUUUGAGAUGUGUGAUAGGAAAAAGUUCUAAGACAAGACUGACUGACCUCUUCAUCCCUUGACUUCUCUUUCUGCAAGUCUAAAAACCAUCUGAAGAAAUGACCACUCAGCUACCAGAGGAGUCCCUGGAGACCCAGAGCUCAGAUGAGCUUGAGUGCAAGAUAUGUUACAACCGCUAUAACUUGCGACAGAGAAAACCGAAAGUGCUGGAGUGUUGUCACAGAGUAUGUGCCAAAUGCCUUUGCAAGAUCAUAGACUUUGGUGAUUCCCCACAAGGAGUCAUAGUGUGCCCGUUUUGCAGGUUUGAAACAUGCCUGCCAGAUGAUGAGGUUAGUAGUCUUCCUGAUGACAACAAUAUCCUUCUAAAUUUAGCUUGCGGGGGAAAGGGAAAGAAGUGCCUACCAGACAACCCAACGGAACUGUUGCUGACUCCCAAAAGGCUGGCAUCUCUAGUUAGCCCUUCUCACACCUCUUCUAAUUGCCUGGUUAUAACAAUCAUGGAAGUACAAAGAGAAAGUCCUCAGACUCUGAACUCGACCCCCGUGGUGGAAUUUUACAGGCCUACAAGUUUUGACUCUGUUGCAACUGUGUCCCACAACUGGACAGUGUGGAACUGCACAUCCUUGCUCUUCCAGACCUCAAUUCGGGUGCUAGUGUGGUUGCUAGGUUUGCUGUACUUUAGUUCCUUGCCUUUAGGGAUUUAUUUACUGGUAUCUAAGAAAGUUACCCUUGGGGUUGUCUUUGUAAGCCUUGUUCCUUCGAGCCUUGUUAUUCUCAUGAUUUAUGGCUUUUGCCAGUGUGUUUGCCAUGAAGUUCUAGACUGCAUGUCAUCUUGAUAACAAAUAUAGUAAAAUAAGAUGUAUUACCAGAUGUGUAGCAUAGUUGAUUUAUCCUGUCUUUGUAUUCUUAUUUAUUCUUAUUGUUGUCCAUCCCACUAAAUGGAAGCAGUAGCCCUAGUUAUAUGGUCCUUUUUUUUCCCCUACUGAAUUUGAUUCUUCCUACCCAGAGCUUUUUUUUGAGCUAAAAAUUGGAAAUAAAAUUUACAUGUUGAUUUUCAAAGGCCAAGUUUUAGAAAGGGAUAAAGCAAAAUUGCCAAACUUGGUGCCGCCUACUGCUGCCACUGUUGAAAUGAGUAGCCCUUUGCUUUCUGUUGGCUUCAUCAAGUCAGUCCAGGCUGCAGGAUCCACCUAAAAGAAAUUAAUGUAACAGGCACCUUCCAGGUCCAAGUACUGCAUGUCUUCACCCAAAGCAUCUCAUGCUUUGGAAUAUCUGUUGUUUAUCAUCCAUUGUUGCUUAAAACAAAUAAAAUCACUUUGUUAGUUAAUAUUAAAUGAAGAAUAAGACAAGCUACCGUUGCUUUUUUAAGUUCUCGUUACAGCAAAAAUACAUGUAGGAGGCCAAUGGUUAUAAUCUCGCCAUAUUCUGCAAAAUGAGGAAUCUUUUUUUACCAUCUAAAAACAUGUCUCCAGAACACUUUCCCCAAAAGGAAGCCUAUUUUUCUUAUCACACAGUUGCAGCUCACUGUGAAAUAUUCCUGCUAGUGAGUACUUCCAGGGACCCAGCCACAUAUUUGCUGUUCUCCAGGUGCACUUAUUUCAGUGUACAUACACCUUAGGGCUUCCCUUUGAGAGUUCAGAGCUCUGCAGACUUCUCUAGAUAUGUUCUGUUGUGCUUACCCUCCCUUCCAGCAUUUCCACCACCACCCCACAUUUCCAAGCCACUAGUCCUCCUAACAAAUGAACAACCUCAUGCACAUGUACUCUGUGGUAGUUAUGCUGGAGAAUUUGACUUAUGUGACUUCAGCUCUCAAGAUAGACUUUUAUUCCCAACCAUUAGGAAAUGGAUCUUUAAUCACUAAUACAAAUUGGAAAAAAGUUCUGAAAUGAUUAACUGGUUUUUUGUUCAUUUUUUUUCUCUUUCUGAGUUCACAGAAUGAGCAAUUUGAGGAGAUACUAUGACUUUAGGAAGGUUUCUGUUUAAGGCAUAGUUCUUCAAAAUGUUUAAUAUUCUGAACUCCCUCUGUCACCAUUGUCAGUUGAUGGCAUUCUAGAUGUGGCAAUUAGAAUGCCUUGAUUAGUGGGGCUCAGAGGAAUUACUGAUAAUUUAUCAUUCCGCAAAUAGACCCAGGCCCUGUAAGGCGUGCUUAUAUGUUGCAUGGUUUAGGCUACUUUUUGAACUACUGGAAGAGCACAAAAAUAAGUAAUAUUUAAUGUUUAUGUGUAUAACUAGGUCUAGUCAAUGCCACAACUGCAAACUGGUUUUCCUGUGCGCAGCAGAGUAAAAGCUGAAACGGAAUUGAGCAGUGCAAGGCUGGUUUUAGGCACAAGAUUUAGUCAUUUCGCGGCAGUGUAAAAGGGAGAUGGGUUUGUUGCAUGAAAACUGAAUGUAUGACCCAACAAUAUACUCUUAGAGCUAACAGACUUUGGUAAGAAUGAAAAAUGACAGUGGGAAAAGCAGAGCCUAAGUGGUUGUUGUGUCUGUCAAGAGGAUCUGAAAUUAAGCUGGUCCAAUUUUUGUAGAUGGCAAAAGUGGUAUCUACAGUUAUAUUCCUAUUGCAAACAUAGAGAAAAAUAAGGAAAUGUAAAGGUUCUGCUUUUCUUGACACUCAGUUUCUAAUAGUGCAUAUAUAUGUGUGUGUAUGUACAUAUAGACACAUACGUAAGAAGAAAACAUAGCAAAGUUAUAGUUUUCAAGUGUUUGGGGUUAUGGAGCUGUGUAUCGAAUGAUUAAAGGAAAUGUUUCAGACUUUUCUGUAAUGACAAUAAUUAUAACUAAAAUAUUUUCAGAAUUCCUAGAAAUAACUAUUCCUAAGUAAUUGUUUUUAACGUCUGUGGUAAAGCACAUGUAGUUAGAAGAGGUAUCAUCUCCAGUUCUGGUAUACUGCAAGGUUUGACUCAUCUAUGAACUCAUAAAUUUUAAGUAUCCAACAACAAUCAUGUCAAAAAGCAAGAAAAAAAGAAACCUAUGUGGUUUUAUAGUACUUCAUAACUUUGGGAAAAGAUGUAUUUGUAGUGUUAGGGAUUUACAUGUUUUAGGAUUUGUUCAAUUUGUCUGAAUACAGUGUCUCUAAUAAAGGGCUGACUGAUAGAGGAAGUAGGUUUUGCAAAUGUGUGAUAUAUAUGUAUUACCUUUGCACAACAUGUUCUACAGUGCUACCUGUUGUCUUUUCCUUUUGAUUUUCAUCUGACUAAGUUUAUCUUAGGUCCAGUACCAGGUAUUUUCUUUUCUGUUUUAAAAGAGAGCCUAAUCUCAGCAAGAUUAGGCUGAUGCAGUCGUAUCAGUUACAUAUCACAGCAAAAAUAAAUACACCUGUUAUUAUACUUCCCUACUUUUAAGACUGCCAGCCCAUUAAAUUUAUACUGCUGUUUUAGGCUGUGCUGCAAUACUAACCCAAUCAAAAAUGCAAGCGUGCAAAAACAUACUGAUUGUAUAGCUAUUCUGCCGCUCACCCAGAGCACAUUAUUACAGCUUUGGUGUCGUAAAAUACCUGUAUGACUUACAGUAUGGCCAUUAAGAAUUGCUGGGAGGUAAAUCUCAAUUAUUUGUGGAGAAGAUAUUUGCUGUGAGACUAGAGGAACUUCAGAUAUUACUCUUCUCUUAUUUUUAUUCUCUACCAUCCUUAAGAGUUAGAACUGAAAACUCUUGUGUCCUCUGCAGUGGAAUAACUCUGAUGAAAUCAAUGUAAAUGGGGCUAAAAUCAAGUCUGGCAUACUUGGCUGCCUGCUUUUCCUUGUCUUUCUCUGACUGUUUUUCUCUUCCUGGAAAGUAAUGGCUCCUGUGGUUGUAAAAUACUGCCUGCACACCCAGGCAAUUCCCUUUCAGUGGGAUUUAUUCCUGCUAUGACCAGACAUAUGACUCAACCAGGUAAAAAGUAUUAUAAAUUCAUUACUACAGGAUUAAUUUUGUCCAAAUGAGAUUUUUAUUUUUUUUUUAAUUCCUGCUUAUCCUAUGGAGGCAGACUGCAUCCUCACCAGCUGCUCAUUUACAGUGUGAUAUACUGAUAUCCCCUGAAGGCUGGGGCAGGAUGAUGCAGUAGCAGCUGCUGGACACAACAUAGGAAGGAUGUUCUGAGCUGGACCAUCCUCUGAGCAAGACUCAGUGAGGGAUGAAGCUCUGCCAGUGUGGCCUGAGCCGAAGAGCCUAAAGGACAAUUAAAUAGGAUGCGGGACUGGGGUUGUGCUGUGGCUGAGAAGCUGUGCAAAGCAGAGAUGGGUCUAUGCCUGGACAAAGGGGCUGUGUUUUAAAUAAGGAUUUUGGGGUACAGCUGCUGCAAACAGUUUAUUGUUUUUCAAACUGACUCUUCUGGGGUUUAAAAUUAAUUUGGUAAUUAAAAUUACAGUUGAGUGUUUUUACUUUCCAAAUGGCAAAGUAUUGAACUUUAUUCUUAUUUAAAGACAUCCUUAGAUUUGGGCAUACUCCAAAAAUAAGGGCUGAUGUAUUUGAUUUAGCUGCACUGGGAGUUUGUCCUACUAUAUCAAUUAUAUGCCCACAAAACUCUACAUGCUAAUAUAAAACACUUCACAGAAUCACAGAAUCACAGAAUAUGAUGGGUUGGAAAGGACCCACAAGGAUCAACAAGUCCAGCUCCUAUCCCUGCACAGGACCAUCCCCAAGAGUCAUGGCAUGUGCCUGAGAGUAUCAUCCAAAUGUUUCUUGAACUCUGUCAGGCUUGGUGCUGUGACCACUUCCCUGGGGAGCCUGUUCAGGGCCCUCUGGGUGAAAAACCUUUUUCUAACAUCUAACCUAAACCUUCCCUGCCACAACUUCAGGCCAUUUCCUUAGGUUCUGUCACUAUUCACCACAGAGAAGAGACCAGUAUAUGCCCCUCCUCUUCCCCUCAUGAGGAAGUUGUUUAAAAUAGGCAAACGCUUGUCCUGAUAACACCAUCUGCAAACUUCAGAGUUGCCAGCAUUUUACAAUAUAUCCACAGAUAGACACUGUUCCGAACGGACUUUAUUACCUGAAGGGACAGAUAAGUCUGGCAGCCCACAGCCAAACAGAUAAGCACAGUACAGGAAAACACAGCUUUCCAGCUAAAUGACCACACAUCACUUCAACCAGAGGAAAAGGAAUGGAGGAGGUUCACAGGAAGGUGGAUGAUAGUUCUGAGGGAGGUCCUUGUCAUUCAGGUACUGGACCAUUGUUUUUCUUAAUUCUAGCUGGUUCUAGGGAUAGAUUAAAUUCACUGUUCCCCUUACCUUUCUGCCCCCUCUUCUAGGAUAAGACUACAUUGAACUGUGGUUAAACAGUAUUUUGAAAUGAAGUAAUAUUUUCUACUACACUGAGUUUGCAGCCCAGUCUAGCACAAGACUAAUACUGAAAAGAUGGUAAAUUGCAGCCGGGAUGCAAGAGUGAACAGGGUGCAGAGGGGAAAUGGCAGCAUGUUGUUAAAAUAGUUUUAUUGGCAAGGCAAGGAAAACAUGUGGCCACAUCCUGCCUUGUCUUGGCUGGUUCAAAAAUAGUGAGAGGCUAUGAUUCAACACCCACCCCAGCAUUAUCUCUGGGACAGUUCACUUCAGUAGUGCAUUGUGAUUUCUUCUUCAGGAGUUCUACAUCAUGAUUUCAUCUUCCUGUGUGGAUGGUGGGUGGAGUGAAAGGUCCACCCGCUCUUAAACAGGGUCAUUUUGACUAUCCUUAGGUUUAUCAGGCUUGGUUUUUUCCAUAUUUCUUCAUAUUUCUACAGAACAAGACAGUGCACUUUAUUUUAAAUAGAGCAGUGCCUUCAAGGAUUAAAAAAAAGAAAAAAAAUGGGAAAAAACCCUGCAAAUUUUGAAAUAAUUUUAAUAUAUUCAAUGUGAUAGAAAGAAACUGUUCUGAGAGUCUAUUUUUAUUUACAUGAUAGCAGAUUAGAUGUCAUGCUUUGAGUGACAUCAGUAAAUAUUUAGUGCUGGAGAUUCCUGAGGGAGUUUAUAAGUCUGCCAGACCUUAGGCACAAACCCCAUAUUCCACUGCUUUUCUCUAAAGCACCAUUCUGCCUUUUGCAUCAGCUACCCUUGUCAAAAGUUGAACCGUCACAGUUUAUAAAGAGUUCUGGCACAAAGAACAUAUCCCCAGUCUGGGGAUGCUAAAUCAUCUUUUUAGAGGCAUGUGUGCCAGUAGCAAAGCUUUCAGUGCUAGACCUUAAACAAAGAGAAGUCAUCUUGCAGUCUGAAUUGCUAGCAUAAAUUUAAUUUUAAAUCAAGUUUCAUUGUGCUGGGCAACAGUACAAUUAAAAACUGUUUUAUUGUUUUUCAGCCUUUUGCUUGUGUAAUGUGGUUUGCAUUUUAAAAAAUGUAUUAAAUCAUAGAAAUCAGAGAUGGGUAGAAAAAAGCCUAAUAAGUAAUUUUAUCCAUUUCCUCUGUCCCUGUAGAGAUGAAUGCUUUGUCUAGUCUGUUUUUAAAUAUGUCAAGUGAUGAGGCCUCCACUUCUUCCCACAAGGGACUUUUUAGCCGUUUAAUAGGUUUCUUUGUUAGGAAAUGUUUGCUUCAUACUGAUCCCAGUUUUUUCUUCUGCAUAAUGUAAACCCUUUAUUCUCUACCCACUGUUUUAACUUUUAUAAGAUCUGGGAAAUGUAUCGUAUUUAUCCAUUUCAUACUGUAGCUGAAUAGUUCAUAAUCCUUGUUGUUCAAGUAACACAAGGGAUAAGCAACCAGUUGCUGAACAGCUAAUACUUCACUGAGAUGGUGUGCCAUGUACCAGUAGACAUAUUUCCUGGCAAGUCCUGGCUCACACUGCUUUCUGCAUUAGGGAGUGAAAAAUGUCAAGUCAAACUGAAGAAAUGCAUCUUCUCAAGUGCAUGCAUGGCAAUAUUACUGAAAUUUCAAGAGGUGCUGAGGCAAACAGCCUACUUCUUUAGACAUUUUCUUUCUAAAAGUGGAUGAUUUUAUAAAAGUAUGCUUUUAAAAAAAGCAUUUAAAUGUCAUUUUCAUAAGCAAGCCUCUAUGUGAGAACAGCACUAUGUCAAAACUCUUAACUUGUUGAGAGACAAGGCUGAAUUGAUUGCCACUCACUGCUCAGCAGUUUUUGCUGACAGCUUAGCUCAGAAAAAAAUUCAAUCCAACGUUAAAGAGUUUGAAAAGAUGCCUUUGCAACUGCGUCACUGGAAUCGGAUCUGUGCAUGAAAAAGUGACUCAUGUCUUGACAACAGAAACUGUGCAUUUCUGAUUUAAUUACAACAUAUUAGAUAAUCCUCUGCCUGUCUCAAAGGACAAGAAGGAGCAGUGUGACUAAGGAAAUCCUAGGUGGACAAAUGGAUUUUAUAUGGUUUUGCAAGAUACUUACUUUAAAAAAGUGGUACUAUGCUUUAUGCUGACCCUGAGUCAGGUGGAAGGUCCACUGGGUCCCUCUAAUCUAAGAGCUGUAGUGGGUGCAUGUAAAAAAGUACAUGAACAGCCCACAUGCAUGGUGAGCUUUCAUAUACCUCCUAAUUUAUAGCAAUCUGCAGUUUGGAGAUCUCUUGAGAUGGAGGGUGUGUCUAUCUGUGGGUUUGAUUCUUGCCCAUGCAUUUCUGUUAAUUCUUUUAACUGUUGUUUUUAACCCAUUUAUAGUCUUGGCAUCUAAAAAGUCCCACAGCACAGAGUCCCACAAUUUAAUUAUAUGCUUUGUGGAAAAGGUCUGCCUUGUCUUGAAAACUCGUAAGACACUUGCUAUAUGUCCCCCACUUUUUUCCGAUAGGAAAAGCAGUUCUGAGAUAUGAUGGCAGAUUGUUUCCUCUACACCCCUUAGAACUUCACCUAUCUUUAGAAAUAUUGACAACAUGAUUUUAUCCCUCAUACUUCUCCUUGGCUGUCUCUUGUCCAAGCUGAAGAUCCAAGUCUUUUUGAUCUCUCCUUAGGCAGCAGGCUUUCUGUGCUCAACACCAGCCAUUGCACCUGCCUGAACCUUUUCUGCUGCUGCUUCUUUUUUACUUUAAGGUGAGACGAAGCACUCAGAAAUAGGUUCUAAUUAGUGUAAUUUGUUAAAAAAUCAUGUGACCAUGUAAGAAAUCUGUAUUGCCAUGACCGUGGAAAUCACUUUGUCAUUGAUAUUGUUCCUGAUGGCACAUCUGAGGUGUUACACUUGAUUAUUGUUACUUUAUAUAUCAUGCAUUAUAUGGAUGUGUAUUGAUAAACUUCCUAACAUGUAUUUAUCCUGUGCAUUCUAAUCUUUCUGCUUAAAUUUUCCAGUUCACAUGGGUGCAGGAGACAGUAGAUUCCAGAAAAAUAUUUAAUUUAAUCUUGGCAUAGACUGUGCAGAUUUUAGCUCUAUUAAGCGCAUGGCCUGAUAUUGCUGGACUGAGCAGCUACUCAUCAGCAAGUGCUGUAAAAUGCCUUCUCUCUCUACCAUAGUAGUGUGCCUACCUCACCCACUUGCUGCAGCCAUCCCAAACUACAGCCUUUUUAUUGCAAGAAUACUUUUUUUAAAAAAUGUCUUGUACUUAAUCUUUUAUUUCCUCAAGACUUGUGGCCUUUUUCAUGUUCUCCUUUCUUCAUUCCAAGAAGAGGAGAUGCUGUCAGAUAAAAUAAACAAUAACAAUAAUAACAAUAAUAAUGCUGUUUAGAGGGUAGGGUCCUUCAUACUGCCAUACAGAUAGGGCAGAAGUUGGGAGUUUCUGCCUUCAUUGUCUGGAUAGGGCUCAUUUUCUCUCAGUGAAGAAUAAAAUUCUGUGGCUGAAACUUUUUUGGUCCUUCCAGGAUCAGCUGCAAAUCUUUGAUAGCUUUUUUUGUUUGUUUUGGUAAUGCAAGAAAAUAAUAAAACCAGGUCAGUGAGGCUGUAUGAAUAAUGCAGGUAGUUAAUGAGAUUUCAGAAGUAGGUUCUGAAAAUUGGGGGGAAGAAAAGGGGUUUUAAAAAAAAAUUAGGAAGUGGAGAAAGAGGCUUGAUCACACAAUAUGGCUUGGGUGGAGAGGACAAAUAGCUGUAUAUAACUUGACAAGACAAGACAUUGUAGAAAUAAUGCGCAAAGACAGGUAGAAUGUGAAAAAUAUGUGUGUAUGUUCCAGCAAAUUAUGAACACAUUGUAGUGUGAAAUUCUUGGUCCAACAAACUGAAAAAAAACCUCCCAGAAUAUCUAAUUAUAUAUUGCUUUACUUUGCCACCAAAAAUCCACUGAUUUCAAAUUCCAGAUGAGCUUGAGGCUUACCAAAUGUAACAUGAGUUUUAUGAGAGGAGUUUGGCUGCUGUAACUUUGCCUUCUGUAGCUGUCUUUUUUAGGUGUAUGAAGAAAAGUCACAGUGCGGGGUCUUCAUUUUGUUUGUUUUUAUUUCAGGAGUGGAACGAUGAAAUAUAAUCUUGCAGACAAGGAAACUAUAACAUGGUAGCAAAUGGCAAAAGUAUAACUAUUCCUAUCUGAAAUAAUGAAGUACUAAUGUAAAAGCAAUUGUUUGACUCAAUAAAAAUUUAAUUUUUCAGUAAA